CUGACGUAAUAGCCAUAUGUGAGUCAAGCCGCGUGUUGGAAGCUUCUCUGCAUUUCUGAACAACUUUCCGCAUGUGCUCGUUGGAAUGAUUAGGUGAUACCAGCUUGGAACAGAAAGGAAAAUAUAGAAAAAGAAAAAUGAAUCAAGAAAAAGUUGGAAAGCUUCAGUCCCUGCAAAAUCAAGUGCGAAUUGGAGGAAAGGGCUCUGCAAGAAGAAAGAGAAAGGUUGUUCAUCGUACAGCAACCACUGAUGAUAAGAAGCUGCUUGGUUCUUUGAAAAAGCUUGCUGUAAACAAUAUUCCUGGAAUUGAAGAGGUAAAUAUGAUUAAAGAUGAUGGGACUGUUUUACACUUCACCAACCCCAAAGUUCAGGCCUCCUUGGCUGCAAAUACCUUUGCCAUAACUGGACAGGUUGAGAACAAACAAUUGACUGAAAUGCUGCCUGGUAUUUUAAAUCAGCUUGGGCCUGAGGGAUUCUCAAAUCUCAAACGAUGGGCUGAAAGGCACCAGGGUCGACCAGAAACUACAAAAGAAAUGGAAGUGGAACCUGAAGACGAUGAAGUCCCAGAGCUCGUGGGCAGUUUCGAAGCGGCAUCUAAAGAAGAGGAGUCAUAGAUUGAUGGAGAUACAUGGCCAUUUGAUCUCUGCUUUGCAAAUUGACCAAGAGAACGCGCCUUAAGUUUACUUUUGUAUAUGUAAUGGCAUUUCAAUGUACAAAUGCUACCAUUGUUUCCCAGUGCAAGCCCAA